UAUACCACACACAAACAUACACACAUUACCAAACAACAUUGUACUAAUAUUAUAUGGAAAACAGUUAUGUUGGUCAACAAGAGCAAUGCUUCUCUUCCAUUGACCAAGUGUCUUACAGAGGCGUCCGCCAGAGAAAAUGGGGCAAAUGGGUGUCGGAGAUACGAGAACCCGGUAAGAAAACCCGGAUUUGGCUCGGGAGCUAUGAGACAGCCGAGAUGGCGGCAGCGGCCUACGACUCUGCAUCUCUUUAUCUCCGAGGGUGUGGGUCUCAUCUGAACUUCCCCGAGCUUGCCCACAGCUUUCCUCAACCGGCAAGCUCCAGUUCCAAUCACGUUCAAGCUGCUGCUCAAGAGGCAGCACUAAUGUUUAAACCGGAUGGGUCUAAUGAACCAGAACUCGGUUCUAGUCAGGGGCUUUCUCGGGUCGGAUCGUCUCCGGAUCAGAUUCAGGCGAUUAAUGAAUUUCCAUUGGACUCUCCGAGGUUGGGAUGGAUGCAUGACUUGGCAGUUAAUGAUUGUGCAGAGUUGUACGGACAUUAUUUUGUCCAAUACGAUAGGGAUGAUUUUUAUGAAAUGCAGCACCAACAGUCCAUAUGGGAUUUUAGUUGAUAUUAAUCUGCUAAAUUACUGAAAAAAUUACUCGAUUCUUUUUAU